CUCACCUUUAGUACCACUCUCUUGGAUUUAUUUGAUUUGAGAAAGAGGGGAAGGAGACAGAGAGAUCUUCCUCAGGCAUAAGGGUCCUUUGAGGUGAGUUGUCAAAUGAGGCAGAAGCUUGCAACAAGAAACCUCAGAAUCACUUGCUUGUGAAGCAAAAUCUCUGUACCAAAUGCAAAGAUGCACAGACUAAGAGAGAAAACCAAGAAUUUUUUGAGGUUCUGGGACUAUCUCUAGCUUUUGGGGAAUAUUUUAGUAUUCUAGGCCUUUCCACCCUUGUUAUAUAUAGAAUCCCAGCUGCAAUCAAGCUUGAACUCAAGUGCUCUGAGUGAUUCAAUCUCUUUCUGUCUGUUCCUUUCUAACAGCCUCAAUAAUCACCACAUUCAUUUUGGGUUUGAAGAAAUGAAGGGAAUAAGUUAUUGGUUUGUUAUAGCUCUUCAAAUCAUGAGUUGGGUUUCUGCAACAAGCAGACUUUUUCCUCCAAGUAAUGGUCUUGAUGUUCAUGAAGCAGGCUCAGGACAGAAUCCACAUCAGUCUUCACAAGUUACCUUGGAACAGGAAUUGGCAAACUCAACCGGUGGAGAGGCAAAGAUGAACGAAAUCGCAAAUUUCAGAGGGGGAAGCAAAAUAGGGUCAAGCCCUCCAAGCUGUGAGAACAAGUGUUAUGGAUGCACUCCAUGUGAAGCUAUUCAAGUGCCUACUAAUACCAAGAAGCUAAACCAUUUCAGGGUUCAGUAUGCAAAUUAUGAGCCAGAGGGUUGGAAAUGCAAGUGUGGCCCUUCUUUCUACAGCCCUUAGACAAAUUUGAUUCCAGCCAUUUCGGCUCCUUAAUUAUAUAUUCUAUGUUGUAAAAGUGAUCGUAUCAUUGUACAAAAUCAAGGUUCCAGUUGACUUUAGGAAUGCUUUAUUUAUUAUCAUUUUAUUGGGUAUCAUCUUCGCUUGUUAGCAAAUGUGCAAUGUGACAGCAAUUUC